AUGGCUUUUUCAUUUUUUCUUAAACUAUCUUUCAAAUUCCUUCAUCAUUUUGCAUGGCCUCUUGUUGCUCUCCUGUAUCCUCUGUGUGCUUCCAUACAUGCAAUCGAGACUGAUUGUUAUGCAGAAACUAAGAAUUUGAUCUCAUAUUGGAUACUUCUUUCAUUCAUUUACCUCUUUGACUAUGCUUUAUUCAACCUUCUACCAUGGUCAAUUCCUUACUCAAUGUUGCGGCUCUGGCUGUACAUUAAGCUAAUGAUCAUCUUCUUGCUCACUAUACCGGACUUUGGACGGGCUUCUUAUGUUUAUAAUAACCUUUUUCGCCCCAUGAAACUGCAAAUAGUCGUGUGGAGGUUUAAUAACUAUUGGAGGAAGUGUUUUGUUGAGAAAGAUGAAUUUUUAAUGCACGCGGAGAGAUAUAUGAGGGAAAAUGGAACUGAAGCCUUAGAGAAACUCAUUGCUAGCAAGAACAUAAUGUGUACGCCUGAUGCAGAAGUGACAAAUGAAAUCAUAUCUACUGAUAGUAAAGAAAUGCUAAAAACAAAUGGAGAAAGACUCCAAACUGAGCACCUAGACAUCAAAGAUUUGGAGGCUGUUGAGAAAAGAGAAACUCCUGCUACCAAGCAAGAUAUUCCUGUCCUGCCUAAAGUUGGGCCAAGUCAAAGUGCAUCAUCAGCCACAGUGGUAACCAAAGGAAUCACGGAAAAUGACAGAGCUGGUGGAGAGGUUCCUCAGAAUUCUUCUACACAGAAGGAAAUGCAGAAAGAGUGGAGUUGUUCUUUGUGUUCAGUAACAACAUCGAGCGAGAUAACCUUGAACUCCCACCUCAACGGAAGGAGACACAGGGAUAAUACAGAAAUUUUAAUAGCAAAGAAGCAACCUAUUCUUCAGAAACAAAAGGACGCAGAAGUGACAAAUGAAAUCUUAGUUACAGAUAAUAAAGAAAUGCUAAAGACAAAUGGAAGGAGACACAGGGCUGCUACUGAAGCUUUAAUAGAAAAGAAGCAACCUACUCUUCAGAAACAAAAGGAUGCAGAAGUGACAAAUGAAAUCUUACCUACGGAUAAUAAAGAAAUGCUAAAGACAAAUGGAGAUCAAAGACUCCAAAUAGAACACAAAGACAUCAAAGAGAAAAAUGAAAUUCCUGCAACCAAGCAAAGAACCUAUGCUAAUAAUACUGUGGUAAGUCAAAAGGCAUCACCAGACAUGGUAGAAACCAAAGGAACAGCAGAGAGUGACAGAGCUGGUGGAGAGAUUCCUCAGAGUUCUUCUACACUGAAGGAAGUGCAGAAAGAGUGGACUUGUGCUUUAUGUUUGGUAACAACAUCGAGCGAGGCAACCUUGUUUUCGCACCUCAAUGGGAAGAAACACAUGGCUAGUUGUGAAGCAGCUUUGAAAGCAAAGAAGCAAACUGCUCUGCAGAAGCUGAAAAUCUAUCAGCCCAAAGAGGAGGUGAGACAGAAGAAUGUUAACAAUAUGUCAAAUUCCAAUGUCAAGAAUGGAGAUGGUAUUGUUCACAAAGUGUUGAAAGUAGUGUUGGAUAAUAAGGUGGAAAAACUGCAAAAGAACAUGUCUGAGCCUGUUAGCAUGCAUAAUUCCAAACUAAUGUGUAGAGUCUGUGAUGUUGUCCUUCAUUGUGAGAAUAAUGUUGUCUCUCACUUAAAUGGGAAGAAACAUUUGGUUAAUAUGCAAAGCAAAGUUGAUAGCUUAAAGAACCUUAGGGACAUUGGCAUUGCUUGA